GCGCGGAUAUAUGCCUUCGACCUUUACAGGACGGAGCUUUGAAAGUGAAAGUCAAACUGAAAGUCUUGAUUCAUGAAGAACUCGCGUUGGGAGCAAGAGGAGGAUCUAAUCUAAUCUAAGUACACGCGUAGAAGACAUUUCCCCGCUUUGCAACUUCACACCAUCUGUUGCUGCCUUCCCCGCUUUUUCAUAGACACAUAGACAUCCAUAUACCCCAAUCUUAACUCCAGGACACUGAAUAGAAGUACUGAGGAAAUCAUGUCCGAAGAAGAAGCACCCCAUAGCACUCUUCCAUACCCACCUCUUCACCAAGACAAGAAAUUUGUUGUUCUGUCCGAUUGGGAUGGAACGAUCACCAAUCGCGACUCAAACGAUUAUAUGACCGAUCACCUAGGUUAUGGUCAAGAAAAACGCAGACAAGGAAACUUAGAGAUUCUCUCCGGUAGAGUAACGUUUAGAGAUGCAUUCAAGGAGAUGUUAGACAGUGUUGUCGCGAACGGCCAUAGGUUUGAUGAAUGCGCUGAAGUCCUGAAACAAAACAUCACCCUUGACGUCGGCUUCAGGGACUUCUACGAUUAUUGCCAAGAGCACGAUGUUCCCGUUGUCAUUAUUUCCAGCGGAAUGGCACCCUUGAUUCGGGCUGUGUUGUCAAAGCUCAUCGGCAACGAAGAAGCUAAGAAUAUCGAAAUCGUCGCGAACGAUGCUGAUGUACGCGAGGAUGGAAGCUGGUCGAUCAAGUACCGUCAUCCUACCAGUGGAUUUGGUCACGACAAGAGCCAAGCCAUUCUUCCCUAUCGUCGUUUGCCCAACGCGCCUACCGUUUUCUUCUUCGGUGACGGCGUCUCAGAUAUGUCCGCUGCACGUCAUGCCGACCUUCUCUUCGUCAAGAAAAAACCAGGUGCUGACAACGAUCUUGCGGCUUACUGCACGCGUGAGGGAAUCCCACAUUUACUCUUUGAAGACUUCGGCAGAGCGUUGAACGUAGUAAGCCAGGUCAUAGAGGGGAAGUUGACUAUCGAAGAUGUUUUGAAGUUGGUUACCGCGUAACUUUUGAUACAAUGUGGUGAUGUGUCGAGGAGGUAGUUAUACGAUACUGUGUACUGUGGUAUCGAUUACAACGGCUCCCAGGAGGAUGAAUGUCCAAAAUUGAGUUUUCCUUUAAUCUCGUUAUGUUUAAAUAAAGUUAGGGGCAAAUAUCUGAC